AUGUCAGGAAAACUGUCUAAAGCUGAUCGCGACAUUAUUGCACAACAGAAAGACAACAAUCUUGAGUCCGAUCAAUCGGUCGCAAGUAUUUCGGGCAAGACAAGGCCCAGCAAUUACAAGAUGGACGAGUCAAGGUCCAAUAGGAAAUCCAAUGUGAGAAGGAAGAAUGUCGAUAACGAGUCUAGUUCUUCGGCGAAAAGGAGCGAACAGUCCGACAGCGACGACGAUUGGUGGAGUCCUCCUCAAAGGACAUUACAAGUAACCACAGCAGAAAUAAAUCUCAGGUGGGAUCAAUUACAGUGGAAACCACACAAGGACCACUUUUUACGCGGCUCCCAGGAUUGGGGAGUUUAUAAAAAUGACGUGAUGUUCGCUUUGCAGUCGAUAGGGUAUGUUAAAGGGAUCAAAUUAACAAACCUAGAUAAAGCAAAUUUCGGAUCAAUGAUCAGGAGAUCAGUGACCGAUAACCCAAGAAGAAUCAUUGAAGAUUUAAGCAGCGGAUCGGAUAUGAUGAAAUUACUCAACAAGACAUAUCGACAGUCUGGCACAAUACAGGCUGAAAACUUUUUCAAUGACCUAAUAGAGCUGGCUUACGACGGAGGUAACGCCAUCGAUUUCGUGACAAAAUUUAGAGUCUGCGUUAGAGACUUUAAAUCAACUGGUCAGGAGUUAGCUGACAAUAUCACAAUACUUAUAUUCAAACGUGCGGUCGAGAAAAGGGCCCACAGAUGGCAUUAUGAGGCCUCACAUACCUCAAAAACCAAACAAUGGUCGUUGGAAGAACUGAUCAACGAUUUCAUCUCCAACCACAGUCUCAAGGCUUUUCAUAACACAAACAAAUAUUAUCCCAACAGAGACUUUCGGGUAAACUACAACUUUGACAACAAAAGGGGAGAUAAAGCCAAUAUUCGGCUAGGUCAAAUUGAAAAUAGAGGCAAGCUGGCCUUUAAACCUAAAAUAAAUCAGGGUGACAAGAACCCUGAGAGUAAGAACCAAGUUGUAUGUUACAUUUGUGGAAAAACUGGUCAUUAUGCAAAUAAUUGCCAUAGCAAGAGGGGAACAACUCAAGGUCCUCAUCGAUGUCACAUCUGUAGGGGCAAUCACUAUGCAAGAGAGUGCCCGGCUCGAAAGUCGGAUCAUGAUCGUCCUUUAAAUCAAAUUUCAACGAAGGGUAAAGAAAAGAUGAUCGAGUAUAAUGUUGGUGAUGAUUGGUACGAUGAGUGGAUGGAAGAAAAUGGGAUAGUAAACAACCCAGAGAUUGAAGAGACGCCACACUCCAGUAAUGAUGAUAGCUCAUGCUAUGGAGUGAGUUUAAACUUUGCCCAUCAACUGAAUAACGCAUCAAUUAACUCUUUAAUUAGAAAGAGGUGGCUGUUUGAUACAGGGGCUGAUAUUAAUGCCACUAACAACCUAAAGAAUUUUGUCAAGGAGUCUGUAAGGAACUUAAGACCACGGGAGGUGGCAAUAAGGACAGGCAGUGGAGUUAUUUAUCCAGAGAAAAUAGGCGAAGUAUGCCUCAAGGUCAGAAAUUCAAAAAAUAAAGCGAGAAGGCUCAGAUUAAAGAAUGUCUUUUAUGUUAAGAAUCUUCCCGUAAACAUUAUAAGCGGCGAAUUGUUUUACAGAAGUGGAUGCUCAUUACAAGGUGAAAAGCUUGUUGACAGUAAUGGAAGUAUUAUAUCUUUAAUAAACGUCAAUAAACGAGGAUUUUUUCUCUGGCUUUCUGGAGAAGAUGAACCAAUGAAACAUAUCAAAUCAGGAUUCCCGUGCCAAUUAGACAAAGAACACAACAGUAAAAAUUCAAAAAUUCCCUCUGACGAAACCAUUAGAAACCUAACCUUGUGGCAUCGAAGAUUAUGCCACCCAAGCGCAGAUAGGUUGCGGUGGACAAUUAAAAAUACUACUGGCAUAAACCUAACCCCGAGUGAUGUUAUCAAUAUACCAUGUGAGGCUUGUGAUCUAGGUAAAUCUGUAAAAUACACUACCAAUGAGAGACGACGACGAGCUGAAUACGUCGGAGAAGGAUGGCACUGUGACUUGGGAUCGAGCAACCCUAAAACCAUGGAUGGCAAUAGUUACUACUGUUUAACGACGGAUGAUCUAUCUAGAUACCGUUUCCUCAAGCCACUGAAGACCAAAAAGGAUGCGGCAGUUGAGUUGAUGAACAUCCUGAGAAAUAUUAACGCUGAACUGCAGCUUGAAGGGAGAAGAGUCAGGUGGAUUACAAUUGACGGAGGCAGAGAUUGGGGCAUGUCGAGAUUUGAGGAAUUCGCUGCAGACCAAGGUAUAGAUAUCAUUGUGUCCGCCCCAGACAAUCAGCAUCAGAACGGAGUGUCAGAGAGAGGAAUUAGGUUCAUACAGGACGCUGCCCGAUGCUGCACAAUUCAAACAAAAAUACCAUCGGUAUUUUGGGACAAAAUAAUGGAGACAACAUGCUAUACACUCAAUAUGACAUCUCAAUCUCCAGUCGAUCAGCACAAGACCCCAUAUGAAGUAUUCUGGUCAGCUAUGAAAGGCAGGCCGAUUAAGCCAGACGUCAGUCACCUCUUAAUUCCCGGAUCAAGAUGCAUAACACAUGUAGAGAAGUCGCGCAGAAUUGCAGGAGAAAAGCUAGACCCCAGGGGUGCAAGGAGUGUGUUUCUCGGAUACAAGGGACGUACAAACAAACUUGUAUGGAUAUUGGGCGGUGGGAGAUUCUUAGUCUCACCAAAUGUUUUAGCAUACGAGAACGUUGGUAAAAAUUUGGGUUGGCCAACAGAACCCCAAGAAGUAGUGAGGUCAUUGCCAACCAGCGUCCAACGUCGUUUGAGAGCUAGGAAAACCAACUAUGCCAGAGAAGAGGACUACAAUAGGACACGAAGUGUAUCACCGCCACAUGAACCUAAAGGACCAGGUCGGCCAAAGAAGACAAUUAGAAGACCUUUUGACGAAGCACCAUUGUUCGAAAGUCAAACAAGGAACAAGAACAUGAGCCCAAGCAUAAACAACGAAGAUGAACGCCCAACAGAGGAGGACUCAGAUCACGAGGAAGAAAUUGGACAAAGUGCCCAUUGCCUCAUAGAAAAAUCAAUCAAGAGGCAACUCCAUAACCUACAUGGAGAUGGAGACGACAUGUUUAGGCUAUUAGCUAACUCUUCAUCUGUCGCUAAACAAAUCGUAUCACCAGAUGAACCUAACCUGCAGGAAGCAAUGAGUAGCUCCGAGAAAAACGAGUGGCUAAAGGCUAUCUUUACUGAAAUAAAGGGGUGUGUGGAUAGGAAAACAUUUCAGUUUGUUCCAAAAAAUUCAGCCAAACAGAAUGGCCAAAUUAUCUCAGCGAAAUGGGUGCUUAAGAAAAAGUACAAAUCAAAUAUGGAACUGGACAAAUUUAAGGCUAGAGUUGUAGCAAGAGGAUUUUUACAAAAGAAGGGUAUUGAUUUCAAUGAAACAACAGCUUCUACGGCUAGAUCAGCUAGUUGGAGAGUAUUGAUGGCAUUGGCAGCCAUAAAUGAAUGGCACAUUCUGCAAGCUGACUUUAUAUCAGCUUACUUAGCAGGAGACUUAAAGGAAGUCAUUUAUAUGCGACAGUUUCCUUACCUCAAAGAAUUUUUUAAUUCAAACCCAGAUCUAAGUAAGGCAUCAGGAUAUACAGAGGAAAGUAUAAUCCAACUACAAAGGCCACUGUACGGAUUAAAACAAUCCGGAGCGUGUUGGCAAGAUAAAGUUAAAUCAUUAAUGCAUACUCGAGGGUUUAAAGCGUUGGCAGCCGACGACGCAAUUUACUUUAAUAAAGAUAGUGGAGUAAUAGUAGCGUCGUACGUUGACGACUUUCUAUUAAUAGGGCCUGAUAAAAGUAAAAUCAGUGCAUUAACAAAAUCCUUGAAUAAAUCAGUGCCACUGAAUGACUUGGGAGAAGCUUCAUGGUUUUUAGGAGUCAGAGUCCAAAGAUCAUCACCCACAGGGAGUGUGAGGUUAGACCAAAAACAAUACAUCGACAGGUCAAUGAUAGAACUGGAAUUACAGAGUCAACGGCCCGUACCAACACCUAUGUCAGUUGCUAGUAGGCUAGACAUGAAGAAAUAUAACGGAAAAGCCUCGAGCACAGAGCUUUAUAAUUACCAGAGGUUAAUAGGAAAAUACAACUUUUCGGCAUGCAUGACCCGAUGCGACACUUCACAAGCUAUGUCUCAAUUAGCGAGAUACAUGUGUAAUCCUUCUCCCCAUCACCACAAGCAUGCGCUGAGAGUAGCCCAAUAUUUGUCUGGUAGUGCAAACAAGGGCUUGGAGUAUACCAAAGAUCACAGACACGUGAAUGAAUUCGGGAAAUAUGGAUUGCAUUGUGCUGUGGACGCUAGCUUUGCAGAUGACUUUGAAUCAUCUAAAUCAACAACAGGCUAUGUUAUAUUUAUGGGAGGAAGCCCAGUCAUUUGGAGGUCAAAACUACAGACAACAGUAUCUACACUGACUUGCGAAGCCGAGUAUGCAGCCAUCUUCGAAGCAACAAAAGAUUGCGCUUGGAUAAGGACAUUCCUGGAAGAACUGGGGCAAAUGCCAUCCGGACCCAUCCCUGUCCUUGAAGACAACAACGGAGCAAUCAAAUGGGCUAACAGUACAGGAAUCAGCUCUGGCCGAAGACAUGUUCGUGUAGAGUACAACUACGCCACACAGGAAGUUCGCGACAAGAACAUUACCAUAAGGAAAGUGGAGUCAAAAUUGAACCCAGCGGACGGCUUGACUAAACCGCUUAACAAUGCGGCAUUUAACGAGUUUGUUGAAAGACUUGGAAUGGUAGAUUGA